GAUGAAAUUAGAACAUCAUCUUCUUAUAACAAUUCAAUUGGUUGUUGUAUAUUUAUCUUUUAGUUUUUGUUAUAUUUCUAUUGAAGAUAAUAUUGCAACGAAUCGUCCAGCAUACCAACAAGUCACUGCUGUUAAGAAUAAUAAUGCCAGUAGAGCUUUGAUGGAUGCCAUCUUUAAAACUGCAAAGUCUAUAGUAGAUUACUCGAACCGUCCUUGGUGGGCUGUUGACCUUCAAGGACUAUACACGAUAACAGAAGUUUGCGUAAUUAAUGGAGAUAGCGCAAGUAAUCUUGACAUGUUUGAAGUUUAUACAGAAACUAAGUUGCUAAUCGGAGGACAAUUAUGCUUUCAACAAACAUCACUCAUUCCACAGCAGGCAGCAAACAAUCCUGAAAAUUUCUUUUGUAAGAAUUGCAGUUGCACUGGAAGAUUUCUAAGGGUUCAAAAGAUAAAUAUAAAUAUACUGGCAAUUUCUAUAAUAAGAAUUAGAGGAACUUUCAUCAAAGAAGAUGAUAAUGUUAUAUUUCAAAUGGCUACAAGUAAGGUAUUUCUCUACACAAACGAGAAUGAUAUACUAAUAUCAAAGCUUUAUGAUGAGAACUUUAGUAGCUUUUUAAAGAGUUCCACUUUACAAAAUGUAGGAGCAUUUUUGAGAAUUGAUAUGUUGAAUUUAUAUCAAAUUGAAACAAUUGUAAUGACCAGAGCAAGAGGCAUUUCAAGCGUCGCAUCUCAUAUUGAAGUGUUUUUAAACGAUAUUUCCGAUUCUUUAGAAUCACCUCAAUGCAAAUUAAUUUCAGAAGUUCAAGUUUCUACUGAAUUGAUUUGGGAGACGUUUGUCAUACAUAAUAAUAAAUCACUUAUUGGAAGAUAUGUUCUCUUUCGGCCACAUUCAACAUCAUAUGGCUCUGGAUCGAAUUUUAUAUCUACAUCCGAAGUGGUAAUUUAUAAUAGGAACAUUACGAAUACAACUUUAAUGAACGAUGUCAAGAUUGAAAAAUCUCAUGGAAUUUAUUCGUUUUACAAGAAUAAUGUACAAAUAUCAGGAACCUUUAGUAUUUCAUUGACAAAAGAUGACGAAUUAACACUCAACAUUAAUGUAGACUACAUUGAUACAAUAUGCGUUACAUACACAACUGCUACUGUACAAAAAGGGAAGGAGAUCAAAGCUUGCGUUUUUUCCGGAAAUGAUAUUGAAAUAUGCUUUAAUUUAUCCGUAAUAACAAGAAGAGCUCAAACUGUUUGCGAUUCAUUUCAACAGUUGAACAUCACUAAGAUAAGUUUACUAGCUAAUCAGGAUAUAAUCAUAAAAGAUAUAGACAUUUUUGGCCUUCAAUUUACUAAUAUUUCUGAUCGUAAUUCUUCAGGUAUUUAUAGUAUUCCACGAAAAAACAAAGAAAAUCAAUUCAUUUAUUGA